GAUGUUCUGUCUCUUUUCCUGGAUGCUCUUGCCAUAUGUGAUCUCGAUUCUCUCCUGCUCGAGACCCUGGCGUUUGAGAGCGUUUGAGAUAUUCAAUCUGUCCAUCUACUAAUCUCCUUAUUUUCUUUGUGUGGAAAUGAUAUCUCACCAGCUCUCUGUUAUCAUUAAGAUUAUUGAUAUCCCCAAAGACACAGAGCAGGAGUUUGUUCAUCAUUUCUUUUUCCAUUCGCCAUGUGCAGCGGGUUAUCUGUUGUUUCUUUACAGCCCUGCAGGCGAGAGACUCUGUGGUUUAUGUCCAUUUCCUUUUAUUUCUUUUUUUUUCUCCAUGGGAUGCCCGCAUUUUCUUAUUCAAUCUUGUCGUUUGUCUUCUAAUCCUUAUCACAUCCCUCUUUACGUUUCCAUACUUGCCACAAUUUUUCCAUGUCUCUGCUUUUCGAAUACUGGAUAUCCUCUCAUCAUCUUGAUGCCCUCGUCACCGAUUCUGUGUGCAACCUGAUACCACGUAUCCUAUCCUUGGUUUCGUGCCCAUUGGAAACAAUGAAGGACAAGAUGGCAGUGGGCACAGGGAAUGGCAGGAUAUGCAGAUUAUCAUGUCUCUUCUCACGUGUCAUGUCGGGUCGGUAGUUGGUCAUAGUCAGAGCUAAAGGAAUUGUGAAUUAUUCAUUUGUUUUAGCCAUGGGAUUAC